GCUGGGGGUCCAAGAGCAGCUCCAGGGUGGGGAGGAGAAGUCCCACAAGUGCUCCGAGUGUGGGAAGAGCUUCAAGCAGAGAUGCUACCUGAUGCGGCAUUGCAGAAUCCACACGGGGGAACGACCCUACGAGUGUGGGGUGUGUGGGAAGGGCUUCAGGCAUACCUCCUCCCUCAACGUCCACCUCAGGAUCCACACCGGAGAACGUCCCUACACGUGUGGGCACUGCGGGAACGGCUUCAGGUCCAGCGCGGUUCUGACCGUCCACUGCAGGACGCACACGGGAGAACGUCCUUAUGAGUGUCCGCAGUGCGGGAAGAGCUUCAUCAGGAGCUCCCUGCUGGUGGUCCACCUGAGGUGCCACACGGGGGAGAAACCCUACGAGUGUGGGAGGUGCGGGCAGAGCUUCAACUGGAGCUCCCAGCUGGUGGUCCACCAGAGGAUCCACACUGGGGAGAGGCCCUUCAAGUGCCAGCUGUGCGGGAAGAGCUUCAGCACCGGCUCCUACCUGAUCGUCCACCAGAGGUUCCACAGCGGGGAGAUGCCCUACAAGUGUGGGGGGUGCGAGAGGAGCUUCCCCACGCGUUCGCUGCUGGUGGUCCACCAGAGCAUCCACACCGGCGAGAGGCCCUACGUGUGUGAUGUCUGCAGGAAGGCCUUCAGGAUCAGCUACCACCUCAUUCUCCACCAGCGCUCUCACACGGAUGAGAAACCCUUCCGGUGCCCCGAGUGUGGGAAGGGCUUCAGGAUGAAGUGCACCCUCACCGUCCACCGGCGCCUCCACACCGGUGAGAGGCCCUACCUGUGCGCCCAGUGUGGGAGAACCUUCAUGCUGAACUCCGACCUGGUGGCCCACCAGAAGAGCCACACGGGAGAACGUCCCCACGAGUGCGAGGUGUGCGGCAAGAGCUUCACCACCCGCCUCGGCCUGGCCUACCACCAGAGGAGCCACGCCGGCGAGAGACCCUACGAGUGUGGGCACUGUGGCAAGAGCUUCACCACCAGCUCCUGCUUGAUGUCCCACCAGAAGACCCACGUGAAGCCCUUUGAGUGUUCGCUGUGUGGGAAGAGGUUCAGGUUGAGCUCCAGCCUCAGGAGACACCAGAACAUGCACCAGGGGGAGAAACCUUUCCGCUGUCCCGACUGCGGGAGGGGCUUCAAGCGCAGCUCCUACCUGGCCAAGCACCGGCUGAUCCACGCUGGGGAUGGUCCCCGUCAGUGUCACCAGUGUGGGAAGAAGUUCUCGGCCAGUUCCCGGCUGGCCAGGCACCAGUGGAAGUUCCACUGAGGGCAGCAGUGUUGGUGGCCCGAGUGCUGGAAGAGCUUGGUGGGGUUCUCCAGCUCCAUCUCCCGUGGGGGGAUCUGGUCUGGGUGGUCCUGAGUGAGCCCAGGUGGGAAGAACCACCUUGAUCGGUGUUUGGAGGACACCUGGCUGUGGGCUCCACAUCCUCCGGGUUCCUCAUGGUCACCUGAACUCAUCCAUGGUCCAAGAUCUGAAAUCUGUUGUGGAGAGCAGAUUUGUCAACUUCUGACCCCAAAAAAUCUCGUUUUUUCCAUCUUUUAGUGGUCUUAAACCACACUAGAUAGGUUUGGAUGUCUUCUCCACCAUCAGUCCUCAUGGAAGGAUCUUCUCUGGAUGGUCCCCAGUGAGCCCAGUUGGGCAGAACCCCCUUGAUCCAGGUUUGGAGGACACCUGGCUGAAGGUUCCACCUCCUCCUGGAUGUGUCACCUUCUGACCUCACAAAAAUCUCAUUUUUUCCCUUUUUUUAGUUGGUUUUAAGGAACACUAGAUAGGUUUGGGUGUCUUCUCCACCAUCAGUCCCCAUGGGAGGAUCUUCUCUGGAUGGUCCUGAGUGAGCCCAGGUGGGCAGAACCCUGGUGAUCCAGGUUUGGAGGACUCCUGGCUGAAGGUUCCACCUCCUCCUGGAUGUGUCACCUCCUGACCCCACAAAAAUCUCAUUUUUUCCCAUUUUUUGGUGGUUUUAAGGAACACUAGAUAGGUUUGGAUGUCUUCUCCGCCAUCAAUCCAUCCCACAUGGGAGGAUCUGGUCUGGGUGGUCCUGAGUGAGUCCAGGUGGGCAGAACCCCCUUGAUCCAGGUUUGGAGGACACCUGGCUGAAGGUUCCACCUCCUCCUGGAUGUGUCACCUUCUGACCCCACAAAAAUCCCAUUUUUUCCCUUUUUCGGUGGUCUUAACCCACAUUAGAUAUCCUCAGAGGUCUUCUCCACCAUCAACCCAUGGUUUCUGGCCCAUGGGCAUCUUCCACAGAGAAAUGGAGUGAAACUGGGGCAAAAUCCAUGAUUUUGGAGACUGUGGGGUGGAAACCUUCAAAAGUGACAAGGUGGGGAUUUGGAAGAACCUCCAAAAAAGGUUCUUCUGACCCAUCCAAGGAUGUGGAUGCUGAGGGGACACGUGGUUGGACUUUUUUUGGUUUUGGUUUGGAAUGAAAAUGUUUUUGUUCAUCUCUUUGAAAGCCCCGAAAUUGGGGUAGAAAUAAAAAUG